CUCCGGCGGGGGCAGGGCCGAGUUCGUCUGGGACCUGGCUCACGCCUCGCAGCCUUUCAACCAGCUUCCUCCUGAUCCUUGCUGGGACAACAUAAUUGGGACGCGGUUCUCGAAACAUACUCUGAAGGCAUAGUUGCAUGUCUUUCAUACUCCAGUUUGGUUCCCCAACUCACAUUGAUGCCUAAGGCCCAGCUGAUUUCUCUUCAUUUCUGCAAACUUACUGUAUCAUGACAGGCCAGCGAAAGUGUCAAAAGAUCAGCAGAGCUGGCCCCAGGGAAAUGCAAGAACCUCCAAAGAGUAUUGAAGAAUUCUUAAAGUUUCAAAAUUGGGAUUAUUGGCCAAAGGAAAUCCAUUUUAGAGAUGAUGAUCAAUGGUCAUGCACUCUGAAAAAAAUAAAAGAAGAUAGUUCAUUUGUUUCCAUUUAUACACAUCUAUGGGAAAAUGUUCCUCGAAUAUUUGAAGCAGUUUUGAUCAUGGAAUCACGAUUAAAGGAUUAUUCACUUCUUUUGCAAAACCACACCUCUAAAAUAUUUAAGUGGAAAAGCAUGAUUUCUGAAACAAGUUCUUAUAGAAAAUUGGAAAGAUAUGGGGAGUUCUUAAAGAAGUACCAUAAGAAAAAAAAGAUAAUGCUUUCAGAUGACAUGGAGACAGAGAAGAAUAUAGAGGAUUGCAUCUUCACAGGAUUCAAAGCAAAUGAACUUACUCAGCUACCCAGACAUUUGGAUGCCAAACAAAUUUAUCUUUUUAUUUUAAAAGCCCAUAAUUUUGAUGAAAAAGUUUUUAACAUCUGGAAGAUUCACUUUCUCUCCGAAGCCUCCAUUGCUCUUUUGCAUGACUCCUUUUGGUGGUGGUUUCUCCAUAAAUUUAAGCCUGACAGAGAAAACCAAGAUUGCUUAUUUGACAGAAUUUCGGAAAGUUAUGUGACACUUUUCAUGAGCAUACCUCUAAGUCGAAAGGAUGCGUUCUUUCAGAUAUAUCCUGAUUGUUUGGCACAAGCCAUAUAUGCAACAUUCCAUGAAGCAUUUCCAGAAUCUGGUUACCGCUUUAAUGAUGAAUUUAAAGAAGAUCUAGGGAAUAACAUUUUUCUUUGGUGUUCAGGUUUAAAACCUCAAAAAGGCUUUUGGACCCACUGGAAACUGAAAGAACUCUCCACAACCACCAUUCAUGGUAGCAAAAAAGCACCUGCUAAAUCAGUAAAGGAGAGAAUUGCAGGCAGUCAAGAACGUAUAUCAAGCACUAUCGACUUCAAUAUUAUAAAGAUUUUAAACAACCCAAGAGCAUAUACAUUGCCUACAUCCAAAGAAGAAUCAGGAUUAUUGAGACUAGCAACAAAGUCCCACUAUAGUAGUACUGGUCCAGAGUUUAAUCGUGUUCUCUUCAAUUUUGGAGGUCAGAGUCCGUUGAUUUUAUAUUAUCUUAAGAUGCAUGAGCUGACUGGUGUUUCCAAAGCCCCUAAGCAAACCAAGAUUAAACUUACUGAGAUAUUCCAGGAACCAUAUCCUUUUUAAAGCUUUGCUUUAAUAUGAUUUGUUUCCAAAAUAAUAUUCAGAACUGAAUGUCUCAAUUGAGAAAAAAAUUGAAUGCAUGUUUUACCAAUGCUUCUAUUUAGUUUUAAUAUUUAGUUAUGCUUAAUAUUAUAUAUUUAGUAUGUAGUAUGUUUGGCUAAUCCAUUUUCUUUUGUAGUAUAUUUGGCUAAACUAUUUUAUUUUUUAGAUCUAAGGCUAUAAUUUUGUAAAAAAAAUAAAACAAACAUAAACCCAAAGAACUUUUAAAAGUGGUAUACUUGGUGCUGUGAUAAAAAGCUAUCUUUGCAACUUUACUGUUAAGUGAUUGGUUUCAAACAUACACAGUAAUGAGACAUGGGCUUCUAGCCUUCUCCAAAGAGAGCUUUAGGCAUGUUUUAGCUGUGGAAUUCCUUGUUCAAAUGAAAAUUUGUCUGAACAUGUUUUACACAUAAAAAAAUUAUUUUCAUGUGUAAACUAAAAAAUAAAUAAAGUCGGAACUCUGUGGUUGAAGCAGGGGUAUGGCCCAGAGUUCCGUUUUUUACAGUCUUGUCCAUCUUCAGUAUAACGUUUCUUGGCCCAGCCCUCAUUAAGGACUCAGAUGAACCCCAAAGGGAUUAGAACACUAACCACUGAAUUGGAGUACAAGCUGCCAAGGCGGCACCUGUCCGGUCUGGUCCACUACAGAGGCCGUGCAGCGUCAGGACCCAGAGCUUACCCCACCGAUAGAGCCGCGCCGUGCGCCCCACCCAGCACCCAUCAAUUCAAUGGUGUCGCAGUGGCGGCUACCCCAUGCCACGGCCACCCAGCUCUGGGGCUUCCUACUCCUGCUUACAGCAGCUCAGGGAGCAGUCUUAUGUGCAUCUAGAAAUGGCACAUCCAAGGGCUACUGCAUGCUUUAUAACCCUCAUUGGAUAACUUUUCUAAGUACCCUAGAAAAUGCAGCUUCCAUUAGUUUGAUGAGUCUGACUUCCACACCACUAUGCAGCCCUUCUGAUAUUCCUCCUGUUGGCAUAAAGAACAAAGUAGCUGUGGUGCAAUGGGGAAGCUGUCAUUUUCCCAAAAAAGCCAGAAUUGCUUAGAAAGGCGGUGCUGAAGCAGUGUUAGUUGUCAACAACAGUGUCCUAUUUCCUCCCUCGGUAACAGAUCUGAAUUUCCUCAUGUGAAAGUACUGAUUGCUUUUAUAAGCCAGAAAGUCUUUAAAGAUAUGAAGCAGACUCUAGGAAAUCACAUUAAUGUGAAAAUGUAUUCUCCAUUGUGGCCUUUGAUCAUACUAUGGUGGUCAUUUUUGUAAUUGCUGUGUUCACUGUGGCAUUAGUUAGAUACUGGAGUGGACUAGUUGAAUUGGAAAACUUGAAAGCAGUGACAAUUGAAGAUAGAGAAAUGAGGAAAAAGAAGGAAGAAUAUCUAACUUUUAGUCCUUUCUUACAGUUGUAAUCUUUGUGGUCACCUGCUGUGUUAUGAUGGUCUUUAAUUCUUCUGCAAAUGAUUGGUUUAUGUUAUGAUAGCAAUUUUCUGCAUAGCAUCAGCAAUGAGUCUGUGCAACUGUCUUGUCUGCACUAAUUCAUAAGAUACCAAUAGGCAAUGCACAAUUGUGUGUUGUGGCAAAAGCAUGGAAGUGAGACUUAUUUUUCUCUCUAGACUAUGCCUAAUGAUAGCUAUUGUUUGGGCUGUGUUUCGAAAUGAAGACAGGUGGACUUGGAUUUUACAGGAUAUCGAUAUCUUGGAGAUUGCUUUCUGUCUGAAUUUGAUUAAAACACUGAAAUUGCCCAACUUCAAGUCAUGCAUGAUACUUCUAGGCCUUCUCCUCUUCUAUAAUGUAUUUUUUGUGGUCGUAACACCAUUCGUCACAAAAAAUGGUGAGAGUAUCGUGGUUGAACUUGCAGCUGGACCUUUUGGAAAUAACGGAAAGUUGCCAGUAGUCAACAGAGUACCAAAGCUGAUCUAUUUCUCAGUAAUGAGUGUGUGCCUCAUGCCUUUUUCAAUGUUGGUUUUUAGAGACAUUACUGUACCAGGCCUGUUGAUUGGGUACUGUAGAAGAGUUGAUGUUCAGACUGGUUCUUCCUAUAUAUAGUAUGUUAUUAUGCUAGUUGCCUAUGCUAUUGGCAUGAUACUUACAUUUGUUGUUCCGGUGCUGAUGAAAAAGGGGCAACCUGCUCUCCUGUAUUGAGUACUUUACAAACUUAUUACUGCCUCAAUUGUUGCACGGAGAAUUUUAAUUAUUUAUGAUGUAACUGUAAGUAGCAGCCUGGGUGGCAUAGCAAGACCCCAUCUCAAAUAUAAAUAUAUAUGUAAUAUAAUAUAAAAUAAAUAACUUUAUACAUUUCCUGGAAGAAAGGUACUUUGUAAAUUCAAAAGAUCUGAAUCAAAUUAUUCAACC